AUGGGGGAGUUAGCACGUGAUCUAAUUUAUAUUAGAUCGACGGACACACACACAAAAAUCACUAGCAGCCCGAACAGAUUCUACCCGUACUUUGAGGUCAUGGGGAAGCAAAAGAUCACUAUAAAGACCGAGGAGGAGUCAAAUCCUCGUGAGAAGUACAUAACCUGGACUGACGAGGCGACAAGGUUUAUGCUUGAUUGGUACAUUGAGCUUCGUAAGGACAAACCUGCAACUUUCAAGUUCAAGAAACAGCACCACUUGCACUGUGUUGAUGCUUUGAAUGGCAAGUUUUCUCUUGGUGUCACUCAAACCCAAGUGGACCGACACUACCGGUCAUGCAAGGAGAAGUGGGGCUGGGUGCGUCGCGCCAUGGCCAAUAGUGGCAACGGCUUUGACAGGAUUAAUUUCACAUUCACACUUUCUGAGUCAGAAAAACAAAACCUAAGUUCCCAUGCUGAUGGCUCGCUUGCAACUAACCAAACCACUGUCAAUGUGGAUGAUGAUAGUGAUGACAGCGAGGAAGUGAGGGAACUUGAGGCCAAUCUAAUUCCAGUUGACAGUGAUGAAGCUGACUCUGACACUAUUAAUCGUCAUAGUCCUAAAGUUGACUUGGAAGGCAAUUCUUUAAACAAGAAGCGCAAGCACGUGUCAUCUUCACCUUCCAAGAAGCCAACUAAGGGGAAAGCAAACAAGAAGGGCAAGAUAUCUAAUGAUGAUAUGGCAGCCAGUAUCAAGAAGCUAGCUGACUCUCUUGCAUCUCCUAUUGUUUCUGUGCAACCAAUGCCACCUACAGAUCCAUAUGCAAACCUUUGGAAGCGGAUAAAUGCCCUUACCAUACCAGCUAAGGAUAAACUUGAGAUUGUAGCAUAUCUAUCCAAGCCAGAUCAAGAUAUCUUUCGUAGUUACCUCAACUAUGCUGAUGAAACAAUUCUUGGACAGUGGGUCCUUAGCUUCUUCGAGCCUCGGUUUCAAGAAGAUGGUGGCAAUGGUGGAUCUGCAACUGCUAACUGA